CAACGCGGCAGCCGCUCGCUCCGCGGAUGCCAUGAUACUAUAGGCGCCGCCGUGACCGCAAGGAGCGCAUGCGCACGGAACGCUGCCGGUUUGUUUCUUUGAGGGGCGGGGCUCCCGUGGAGCCGAGAGGAAGGAGCUCGGGGGGAGGGCGGGGAGCGGAUUGUGGCGGGUUCCUGCCGGUCCUCGCUCCUGGCCCGCUUGGAAGAUGUUUUAUCACAUCUCCCUGGAGCAUGAGAUCCUGCUGCAUCCACGCUAUUUCGGGCCCAAUCUCCUCAACACUGUCAAGCAGAAGUUGUUCACGGAGGUGGAGGGGACCUGCACGGGCAAAUACGGCUUUGUCAUUGCAGUCACCACCAUUGACAACAUUGGGGCAGGCGUCAUCCAGCCGGGCCGUGGCUUCGUGCUCUACCCUGUCAAGUACAAGGCUAUUGUUUUCCGGCCCUUCAAGGGGGAGGUGGUGGAUGCCGUGGUGACGCAGGUCAACAAGGUUGGGCUCUUCACCGAGAUCGGGCCCAUGUCCUGCUUCAUAUCUCGACAUUCCAUUCCCUCCGAGAUGGAGUUUGACCCAAACUCCAACCCUCCCUGCUACAAGACAGUGGAUGAGGACAUCGUGAUCCAGCAGGAUGAUGAGAUUCGGUUGAAAAUCGUGGGGACCAGAGUGGAUAAGAAUGACAUUUUUGCCAUCGGUUCCCUUAUGGACGAUUAUCUGGGUCUUGUGAGCUGAAAUACAAAUCCAUCCCUCUUGCUGCAUGACUGGGCUCCAGUUGGGAAGCAAUUGAGCUGCACCAAGGCCAGACCUGCUCCUUGCACCUACUGCUGUAUUUAUAGUGUACGGAUCCACUCCCUUCCACUCAGCAGCUGGGAGUUGGGGGGUGGCUGAUGGACCAGAGCUUCCUCCUUCACCUCCAAUAAAAGUUCCUUUUGUUUUAA